AUGGCGGCUCGUACCUCGGGUUUUGUCUGGUUGACUGCAGUUUUUCUGCGUUUCUUUUGGGUUUGCCUUCCACAAACAGGCUACAUCCACCCAGACGAGUUUUUCCAAGGACCAGAGAUCACUGCUGGUGAUUUAUUUGAAUUUAAACACACAAGAACGUGGGAAUUCCAGGAGGAAUUUCCUGUCAGAUCUGCGGCUUUCCCAUACGCUUUCACAGGCUUACCGUUGUAUAUCUUGAGGACCUUUUUGGGUGUAGAAGCUAUCAGUUCAAAAGCUCUUGUUGUGGCUCCAAGACUAUUUAUUUGUGGUGCUUCAUUGAUCAUUGAUCUGUCAGUUUAUGUAAUUUGUCGAAAUCUUCGAACAGACCCAGCACCGUCCUUAUGUCUUCUUGGAACUUCCUUCGUAACCCUUGUGUUUUAUACGCGAACGUUUUCCAAUACAGCUGAGGCCAUAUUAUUCGCUUUUCUCCUCCUUUUAGUUGUGCUCUCCUUGACGAAAAGAAGUGCUUUACACUCAAGAAAGGACCAGGCACGAUACCUCUUGAUAGGGGCCAUGGUAGGUGCAGGGAUUUGGAUCCGUCCCACCUUUCUGGCCUUUGCUUGUGUUCCUAUGUUUUGGUGCCUGCUAGAUGCUUGUUUACUCAGAUGGUCCAUCGAUAAAAUGAUUACAAAAUUUGUAACAAAUAUUAUGAAAUACUGCAUUUGGUUGGGUCUUGGUGGAGCUCUGACAAUUGUUAGUUUGAUUAUAUUAGACUCUUAUUACUUCGGGUAUUUGCAGAUAAGAAAAUUUGUUUUGACUCCUGUAAACUUUUUCUUGUACAACAUGGACACCAGCUCACUGGAAGAACAUGGUCUCCAUCCAAGGAUUACACAUUUUGCAGUUAACAUGCUACUUUUGUUUGGACCGCUAGCUUUAGUUUUGUAUGUAUACACUGUCUAUGCCAUGAUGGGAAGAAAAUUUUUUGCACCUAUGACAACUUUGGAAAGCACAAAUGAUCAAAAGGACAAUACUAGCUAUGAUUUAAAAGCUCAUUUCAUUUUAAGGAUGUUGUUUUGUAGUAUUUUAGUUCCUGUGGUGUUGCUGUCGUUAAUACCACAUCAAGAGGCGCGAUUUAUCACCCCAGUUCUCAUUCCACUUGUAGUUGUUUUUUCUCAAAGCUUCUUUUCUUCAUCUGUUACACCCUUGUUGCUGUUAUCAUGGCUUAUCUGGAACAUACUUGGCUGUAUGAUGUUUGGAAUAUUGCAUCAAGGGGGUGUCUACCCAUGUCUGGAACAUCUCCAAAGACAUCUUCACUUCACACGGAUUAAUACUUUGAGCACAUCAAUUCAUAUAACUUUUUACCACACCUAUAUGCCACCCCAACAUCUUUUAGCAUGGCCCAAGUUGGCUUAUAGUUCCCACAAAGGGAUGUAUCACAACCUGGCAUUGUAUGACUUAAAAGGUGCUUCACAAUAUGAACUAAACAAUCAUUUGACAGUGAUUUUGGAGAAAACUGAGGCUCGUGGAAUGAAGAAAGAGGUUUUCUUGGUGUGUCCAUCAACGGUAAAGUUCCAUGACCCCCAGUUUAAGUUGAUAAAGCAGUUUUAUCCCCAUCUAAGCAUGGAAGACCCCCCUGACUUGAACAGUUUGUUUAACCCAGCUCAGAUGAAAUCUGUUACCUGUUCAAGCAGUCAUCAGGGGGAUAAAUGCCAAGAUACAGGGUUUAUGGAGAGCACCUGUCAAAAAGAUAACAAAGAGAAAGACAGAACUUGGUGGAAAUUCUUCACUUGGCAAGAUCUCAACAGGUGGACUACAUCAGAGCUUUCGUUAAAUCUCUACAGAUACAAGAUGCACUAGAAACUGCCUAAAAUAUACCUCUACAGCAUACAGUGGCCCACAAACAAAGAGAAGUGAUCAGGCAGUUUUUUCAAAAGGUGUUACUUAAUGUAAGUUGUGUGUGGGGAAAUGUUUGUCAAAGAAAGCAGUUAUGGACUUGGAAUUUAAUCAUGCAAUCCUGUCUCCUUGAAGUAGUGAAAGAAAAAAGAAAGCAAUUGAAAAGAAAACCAGCAAACAAACAUAAAUUAAGAAAUUGACAAACAAACAAAAUUCUGGCACCUUGUUAUUAUCUAAAAGCCAGACCUCAGAGUAACUUCCCACCAACUUUAUUGUGGUAAAAUCCAUCCUGGAGUAGAGAUGUACAGUGUAAACUAGAGAAUUGUUAAAGCAACCCAAACAGAUGUUUGAACUUUUCAACUAAGAAGACAAUUAUUUACAUGUGUUGUUUAAGGCCAUUUAUGGUUAGGUAUACAGUCAAAUAUGCAUGCCUACACAUACAUGUAAUUAUGCCAUUCAGAUUAAAACUCCCUGCCUUUACAUAAUCAUUCAAUCAAUAAUCUAAUCAAUCUU